CAGUGCGUCGACUGCAGAAGGAAGUCGGAGGCGGCCCGGUUCCAGGAAGUUCGGAAACACUCUCCGGACUCAGAGGAGCAGGCGGAGAGUCCGAGCCACUCGGGUCGGUUCGUGUUUGUGGACUUUAGCGUCGCUCGUUUCGUCGGCUACUCGAACGCUAUUAAGCCGCUCUGUUUUUCCUCCUCCCUUGUUUUGAAGUCUUCCCGGAAGCAGACUGUGACGUGGCGGGCUCCGCUCACUUCCUCGUUCUUCUUCGUGUCUCCGCCAGUGAAAAUGACUGAAAGACUCCGUCGGAUUCGGAACCGCGAUCCAGCGCGCGCGAGUCCAGGCGACUGCGACGAGCCAGCAGAGUCCCAGCACAGCCAGACUGUGGACCUGGGAGACCCAGGACCUCCAGUCAUCAAGGAGGAAGAGGAGGAGACGGAUGUCUCCAGGUUCUGUUUCACUGUUGUCACAGUGAAGGGUGACGAAGAGGAGGAGGAUGCUGAUGAAGAUAAGCACGGCGACAAUGAAGGUGAUGGUGAGGAGGAGGAUGAAGACGACAAUGAUGAUGAAGAGGAGGACACUCAGUCCACGUUGCUUCCUCACGGAGAAGAUGUUCAGCAGAAGCAAACGGGAGUCGACCCUCCAUGCGUCAAAGUGGAGGAGCAGGAGACGGACGUCACCGCUCCUCCCUUCACCAUCGUCCGAGUGAAGAUGGAGCAGGACGGGGAUGAAGCUCCUCGCUCCAGGAGCCCAGACGCGCCUCCGACCAGCAGCGCGGCUCAACACGUAAAGAAGGAAGCUGCUGACGGAGCGGCGCCGGUCAGCAGCCCUGAAGCGCCUCCUGGCCACCAAGCAGGAACCCACCCCAGGCGGCAGAAGCCAGAGGCAGACACGGACCACAGUGAGGACUGGAGGGAGGCCCGGAAGGCUGGCACUCGCCCACGUGCUGGCAAAAAGGACAAGACAGAAGAGUCUGCGGACAAAGCCAAAACCUGCCCCGACUGCGGAAGGAGUUUCAAGCACAAGGCCGGGCUGACGCUGCACCGCAGGACCUGCACCGGGGAGAAGAACUUCACCUGCUCGGUCUGCGGGAAGGUCUACUCCCAUAAGAAGUCGCUGAAGGAGCACAUGAACUACCACACCGGAGACAAGCUGUUCGAGUGCGAGUUUUGUGAUAAAAAGUUCACCAACCAGGCCCGGCUGAGGAGCCACGUCAGGACACACACUGGUGAGAAACCCUUCAGCUGCUCGGAGUGCGACCAGGCCUUCAGUCAGCCCGAGUACCUGAAGAAUCACAUGACGGAGCACACCGGAGAGAACCCCAUCAGCUGCGCCUUCUGCGGCAAGAGCUUUUUCCAGAUGGCGCGUCUGGAGAUCCACAUCAGAACUCACCUGGGGGAGAAGCCCUUCACCUGCUCCGUGUGUGGCAACAGCUUCACGGAGAAAGGCUCUCUGAAGACCCACAUGAGGACGCACACCGGAGAGAAACCCUUUGGUUGCUCGGAGUGCGGCAGAUGCUUCACCACCAGGAGCCACCUGAAGAACCACAAGAUCACUCACACGGGAGAGAAACCGUACGACUGCUCGGUGUGCUCCAAGUCCUUCACCCGCACCGCUGACCUGAAGAUCCACAUGAGGAUCCACACGGGCGACAACCUCUUCUGCUGCUCCGUCUGUGGCAAGUGCUUUGCCAUCAGAAGACUUUUGGAGGGUCACAUGAGGACACACACGGGAGAGAAACCCUACAGCUGUUCAGUUUGUGGGAAGAAAUUCACCGCUCAAGGAACGGUGAACAUCCACAUGCGAACUCACACUGGAGAGAAACCCUACAGCUGCACCGUCUGCCAGCAGAGCUUCACGCUGAAAGGAUCCCUGAAGAGACACAUGAAGCAGCACAUUGCAAAGCUGUAGUCGGACGCCUGCCGCGGACCGAGUGAAGAGCAGCCGCUGAGAAUGUACUUCAACGUGCCGCUCGGGUCCACCAGGAGGUGGAGCUGCUGGUGCCGGGACCAACAGGCCCCACAAGGUCUGAGGUCCGUCAUGAGAAACGGCGCCCCGGGACCAGCGCUGUGCUGCGGCGGGGCGGGGCGGGGCGGGGAAGGUGACGGGAUGGGACCCUCGGUAGAGCGUGCAAAAUAAAACGACCACGUGGCACCAACUGUGUCGUCCAUUCUUUAGCUGGGCUCCAUGACGCCACCUGCUUCUGGUCUGACUGGACCUUUGCAGGUCCUUGUGCUGUGGCAGUGCGAGUCGGCGUCAGAGGCUUGGUGACCACACGCACGACACGACAGGUGAAGAGGGGACCGUUGGUGGACUUGGUG